AUGCCCGCCCCAACCCUCGCCCACACCCACACCCACACCUUCCCCCCCACCAGCCCCUCCCCCGCCCCCUCCCCCUCCACGGCGGACGCGCCCGCAUCCCCUUCAUCCUCAUCCUCACCCGCAGCCCACACCGCCGACAUCUACCACCUGGCCAUCACAUCCCACCGCCUCAUCAGCUGCAGCCGCGACCGCAGCAUCCGCGUCUGGGACCUCGCGGCGCCCGGCACCCAGUACCCCCCAGCAGCAGCAGCACCCCACGCCUCAUCCAUCCUCUGCGUCAGCGCGCACGAGGCGACGGACCGCUUCGCCACGUGCGACGUCGACGGGUGGGUCGUGCUGUGGCGCUUGUCGUCGGCGCGGGUGCAAGGGCGGUGGAGGGCGAGCGCGGGCGGCGGCGGCGGUGCGGUGCUGGGGGUGGCGUUGGGUGGGGAGGUUUUGGUUACGGGAGGGAAGGACGGGGGGGUGGGGGUGUGGGAUGUGCGUGAGGCGUCGAGGCUGGGGAGAAGCGAGACGGGGGGAGCGGGAGCGGGGGCGGGAGCGGGGGCGGCGGAGGCCGGUUCAUGUUGGGACGAUUCCACGCCGCCCUCGUGCGAGAUGCUCGGGAAGAUGAAGGCCGCGGCGAUUGCGGUGGUGCUGGGGGGUGUUGGUGAGAGGGAUGUGUAUGUCGGAGCGGGGGAUGGGGCGCUGCGGCGCUGGCGGAUGGGCGGAGACGGGGACGGAGAGGAGACGACGGCGGAGGAUUUUGGGGAGCUGGGAGCUGGGGCUGGGGGCCGCCGGGGCAUCUGCUCGCUGGCGCUGUCGCGCGACGGGAGGCGUCUGUUUUCUGCGCACUCGGGUGGCAAGGUGGGGGUGUUCGAUGUCGAGGCUGGGGCUGAGUUGAUGUCUUUCGAUGCGCAUGGCACCAACGUUGUGAGGUCGGUGCGGGCGGGUGUUGUCGAUGGAGGUGAAGAGCUGCUUGUGUCGGGGUCGUAUGACGGAACGGUCAAGAUCUGGGUGGAGCGCGAGAGAGGAGCCGGUUGGGAACUGGUAUCCGUCAUGAGCCUUCAACAAGGCUUUGAGGCUGGAAACAACCGAGUGCUUUCGGUUGCAUUCAGAGACAAUGUUGUCUACUACUGCGGUCAAAGUCCGUAUAUCUUCGCACGUCGACUAAGUAGAAGCAUAGUCGAUACGCAGUCAUCAUGUCAGCCAUGA